AUGGACGAAAGCAGCAUCUACAACGACACCAAAAACCCACUACUAGGUCUCACAGGGGAUGCCAGCUCCAGAGUCUCCCCGCUUGAACAAGAAGUCCUCGACGAAUACGAACGACUCUUGAAGAAUAUGAACGAGUUAUCUUCAACGCUGGCAAGUCUAUCCGGUGGGCCGAUGACGCUCGAGAUCGCAGAGGGCCUGAGGCUGCUGGAGCGGAAGGUCGCCAGUGUAUAUACUUUGAUGAAGGCUAGCGUGUAUAGUAUUGUUCUCCAGCAGGGACAAUUGGAGGGCGACGCUGGCAGCAGUGUUUUCACGGGCGAUGAGACCGUCCAG